GCGGCGGCGUCAUCGUCAUGGCGGACGCGGCUUUGGACGCCGUGCGAAGAGAGUUACGGGAGUUCCCGGCUGCGGCAAGGGCUGAUUGCAAGGCCCAGAUGACCGGUGUGGAGACGCGGUCGUGAGAGAGAGCGUGACCUCGGAGGUGAAAAUGAGUGCAGUGGCUGUUGGGAUAGGAUGUAGUAACCACCCACUGGGGACCAAGACAUUCAGGCUAGACCGCAAGGAUGAAAAUAACACAGCAAAGCCUACGCCCUGUAUAAAAGCCAGGAGGAGGGCAUUCCAGUGUGAGUGAGCAGCAGGAUCAACGUUUGGCACCACCUGAGUAGAGCGUGUGCUGAUGGGCAGGCACCAGACAGGAGGAAACCGGACUGGAAAAGUAGGUUGGGCCUCAUCACGGAGUGUCUUGAAUGUGUGUGCCAAGGCUGACUGUAUUUUGUAAGGAGCAGUGGUAAGCCGUCAAAGGACUUUUUACUAGAGGUGUGACAAGAUGAGACUGUAUUUUAGGAAGAUGACUGGGGCCAGGGUGGGGGAUGCUUUGAGAAGGAGUGGAAUUAAGCCAAGGAAACCAGUUAGUUCACUGCAGCAAUCAUCCAGCCAGGAGAUCUUGGAGACUUAUAUUCAACCAUUAAGCAAAUAUUUACUGAGCACCUACUGUGUGCUAGGUCCUGGGGGGUACAUCAGUGAAUAAGACAAGCAUCCCUGUCCUCAUGGAGUAUACAUUCUAGCAAGAGAGAUCGAUAAACAAGUGGAAUAAGUAAAAUAUAUAGUGUGUUAGAUAGUGAGAAAUGACAGAAAUAAGAAGGGAAGGGGUAUAAAGAUUGUUGGGGGCAGGUUAUAAUUUUAAAAAGGGUGGCCAGAGAGGGAAGCCUCAUCAAAGUGACAUUUGAGGACCCAAAUGAGCUAACUUUGAAUGUGGUUACCAGCAGAGGAAAGGGGUAUGUGUGGCUUGAGAGACAUAGGCGGUAGAAUCAACAGGACUUAGAGGUAAUCAGUAGGAUACCAGGAAUGAGGGAGAAGAAAGAGUCAAAAAGAAGAGACUUUGGGGGCUUCCCUGGUGGCGCAGUGGUUAAGAAUCCGCCUGCCAAUGCAGGGGACACGGGUUCAAGCCCUGGUCCGGGAAGAUCCCACAUGCCUCAGAGCUGCUAAGCCCGUGCGCCACAGCUACUGAGCCUGCGCUCUAGAGCCCGCAAGCCACAACUACUGAGCCCGCAAGCCACAACUACUGAGCCCGCAAGCCACAACUACUGAAGCCCGUGCGCCUAGAGCGCGUGUCCUGCAACAAGAGAAGCCACCGCGAUGAGAAGCCUGUGCACCGCAGCAAAGAGUAGCCCCCGCUCUCCGCAACUAGAGAAAGCCCGCGCGCAGCAACGAAGACCCAACGCAGCCAAAAAAUAAAUGAAUAAAUAAAUAAAGAAGAGAUUUUUGUUAAGGGUGACACAGGGCCCCUAUUGACCUCUGCACAGGUGGCGCACCACACAAUCUGCCCAAAUGCACAUGGCAGCCCUGGGUGUCUGAGGAUGGUGAUGCUGUUCGAGCUCAGCGUGCCUCUUGCUGUUCCCUACCUGGACAAGCCCCCCGGUCCGCUCCACUUCUGCCGCGACUGGGUCUGCCCCAACAGGCCCUGCAUCAUCCGAAAUGCCCUGCAGCACUGGCCGGCCCUCCAGAAGUGGUCCCUCCCCUACCUCAGCGGGCUCCGCGGAGGUGAGUGUGGCGGUGACCCCAGAUGGUUACGCGGAUGCCGUGCGAGGGGACCGCUUUGUGAUGCCUGCCGAGCUCCGCCUGCCCCUGAGCUGUGUGCUGGACGUGCUGGAGGGCCGAGCCCAACACCCCGGGGUCCUCUACGUGCAGAAGCAGUGCUCCAACCUGCUCACCGAGCUGCCCCAGCUGUUGCCUGAUCUGGAGCCCCACGUGCCCUGGGCCUCUGAGGCGCUGGGAAAGAUGCCUGAUGCUGUGAACUUCUGGCUGGGGGAGGCAGCUGCAGUGACAUCGUUGCAUAAGGACCACUAUGAGAACCUCUACUGUGUGGUCUCGGGAGAGAAACACUUCCUGCUGCAUCCACCCAGCGACCGGCCCUUCAUCCCCUAUGAGCUGUACACACCGGCAACCUACCAGCUAACCGAAGAGGGCUCAUUCAAGAUGGUGGAUGAAGAGGCCAUGGAAAAGGUGCCUUGGAUCCCACUGGACCCCUUGGCUCCAGAUCUGGCCCAGUACCCCAGUUACAGCCAGGCCCAGGCCCUUCACUGCACAGUGCAGACCGGCGAGAUGCUCUACCUGCCCGCCCUGUGGUUCCACCAUGUCCAGCAGUCCCAUGGCUGCGUGGCCGUGAAUUUCUGGUACGACAUGGAGUAUGACCUCAAGUACAGUUACUUCCAGCUGCUCGACUCCCUCACUAAGGCCUCAGGCCUCCACUGACCGAGCCCUGGUGAACAUCACCAAGGACAGCUCAUGGAAAAGGCCGUGCCCCUCCCAAGCCAGUCACCUCGAGAGGCAACCUGGAGUCAGAGGCGCUGGCUGCUGGCCCAGCUGGGCUUAGGGUCAGCUUCAGAGGAUCGGGAGGACCAGGAGGUGCCAGGCAGGUCUGGGUGUGGGCUGCCAGGAAGCUGGCGCACAGGUGAGGCAGCAGCCUGUUCUGGAAGAGGAGUGGGGUUCAGGUGCGGCACCGCCUCUCCCCGGCGCCGUGACCUUGGGCGAGUUACUGCCUCACAGCAUCAGUGUGCUGUCUGUAAAACAGAGAUAACGACGGUUCCUACCUCAUGGCGUGUUGGCGACGGUAUCUGUAAGGAUGGCAUGGGCCUGGCACGGAGGAAGCGUUCAAUAAAAGGCGGCUAUGAUUCA